AUGCCUCGCAAGCUCCUUGUUGAAUUCCUCCCUGACGGGGGAUUUCAAUGGUCUUCAAAUAGCGGGACUCCACUAAUCACAAGCUACACAGCCCAUCGAGUGGUUCGUGCAAUGCAAAUGGAAGGUCGACGUCUCGAUAAAUCAGUCUGUACAGAAUAUAUAGCCCAUCUUUUCAACACCGCGAAGGACAUGGUACACCGUUGCGAACAAAUGGACGCUCCUUCCUUCUGGGAAUUUGUUAGUCGCCAUGUCCCGUGGGCGCGACGUAUCGACCCAGAGGAUCUCUACGAUCUAUCGAUUCGAAUCAUCUCAGCCAGACGUAUCUUUCUCGACCAGAGAGAUUUCUGGGUGGAGAUGAAAGUGGAGGAAUCCUGGGACAUUCCAGACAGCUACCUCAUUAAGGUCUUUAAUGAGGCUAAUACAGCUGUAGACAGCUUUACCAGCGCGGUGGUUGCUGCCUAUGAAGACCACCCGAAAAUCAGAGAGAAGUACUAUCCCAAGUGGACCGAUGACUCUGACAACGAGGGGACUGCCGAAGCAACCAAGGCGAGAUUCCUCCAGAGGUGUGAAGGAUCUCGCAAUCUUUCUACCAACGCUACUGCGGAGGACCAAGGCAAUGCUCUAGAAGGCGAGUACGAGGAAAUGUUGGACGGAAUGGACGGAAUGGAGGAGAUGGAGGAGGAGAUGGAGGAGGAGAUGGAGGAGGAUAUGGACAAGAUGGAGAUUGACGACGAGAUGGAGGAGACUAUGGACCACGAAGGGGCUGAUGAAGUCGGCCUGGAGAUGCAAACCCCGGAGGAAGGUGGAUCUGUCAAUACUAUGACUCUCUCACUUCGUUUCCGCUAG